AACACAGGUUUCUCCUAUAAAUACUUGAAGAACACUAACCUAAAAAAUCAUUCAAAACUUCGUACCUAAAAUAAAUUGGCCAGAGUAUUGAGCAAGAUUCGUAUUCAGUUUCUGUAAUAUCAUCGAUGGCGUUAUCCGAAGAUUUGAUGUCGAAAUGCUCAGAACAAAUGAGUGCUUAUAAAGCUGCUUGUGAAGAAGACCCAAAACUCAAAUCCUUUGAUGCUUCGCUUCAGCAGCAAACCAACAAAAUGAUAGACUCACUCACCUUUGACACCGAGACUGGGUCGGUGUCCCCACACGAUGUACACAAGAAGGUCUCCCAGCACCUAGUUGAAGUUACCCAAGGUGUGGCAAACUUCAUUACUGAAGUCGAAGGCGAUGUGUGGGAAAACCAAGCUCUAAAGUAUUUGGUCUUGGCCUAUUUUGAAAAUACCAAGAAGACUUUAGAGAUUUUCAAUACUAUAGCGAAUUGCGUCGAUGAAGCAGAAAUGGGCCAACUUCUCAUUCAACAGGCCGUGCAACAGUUUGAGAAAGAGUCGGCAGAAAAGGAUGUUGGUGGAAAAAAGAACAAGUAUGAAAAAACCUUGGAGCGUCUGAAGAAGUUUAAAGCCAAUGGAGAUCCCUUUAAUGGCCAAGUGCUCACGAAUCAGUUCGAGUUAAUCAAAAAGCAGCAGGAAUCCCUUCUGGAGGAAGUGACUCAGACUAUGAAAAAGAUUGAGGAGGAAAUUACUAAUCUGAAGAAAGGAAAUGUAAUUGCGAAUAUUGUUUUCGGCGCUGUGUUUGCUGUCGUUGCCGUCGCAUCGAUAGCUCUAAUUGUAAUAUUCCCGGGUACGAUUGCGGCCUAUGGGGCUCUAGCCGCACCACUGGUUGCGUUGGGAUGGCCAGUCGUCAACACUAUCUUGGGUAAAAAGAUUGAUAAUCUGAAUAAACAGUUGGAAAGUCUGAAGAAAGUAAAAGAGAUAGGAAAAACGGUGGAGAAGGGUAUAAAAACCAACGAAGAAGCGUCAGAGACCGUAUCGAUUUUAGUCGACGGGCUAGAUGACCGUAUCCAAAAUAUGUUGGAGCUUGUAGAUAAGGCUAUUGAGAAUGAAGAAGAUGAGGGGGCCACGAUACUUGUCAUGAAAAUAGUCCCAGAGAAAGUUGAGAAAUUAACAAAGAAAAUCAAGGAGGUUGGUGAAAGUGUGGAAGAUCAUAGCAAAUUGGUUGCAGAGGCGAGACUUCACGUUCUGCAAAAGAUCAACCGUUAAUCCGUUUAAACUUUAACGAUGUUUGUUGUUUAAAACCCAUAUUUUAUGUGUUUUUAUUUCCCAUUGUACCUUUUUUUUUGUUUUUUAAUGUUCUGUAAGGUUCACCAUCCGAGAGGAUUGGUUGAUAUGUACCUCUAUCCUGUAUUUUCGUGAAAUAAAGUUUGAAAAAACUUGUUGUAUU